GAAUAUUUUUUGGAAUAUUUAAUAUCGCGCGCAACAAAAGUUUAUUUAUUCUCACAUGACUGGACCUUAUUAUCUUUUGAAGUUCAACUAUAAGCAGAGUAUUUAAGUUCUACAUAAACCGAGUAUUUAGCGAAAAUCGAAAUUGAUAAAUAUGAAAUAUGAUCCAUGAAAUAGCCAAACUCCGAUGCUGAUGUUGAUUUUGUGCAUUUCGGAAGUUGCGCCUGAACGAUGAUGGUGCCAACAUUCCGUUCCGAGUAUUUACAUUUGUGGCCUUAAUGCUAAUCCUUCACGUAUCGGAUGGACUUUUCAAGUACAAAAAUAUCAAGUGCAAGUGCUAUGAGAAAUCUUAUUGCGAGUUUACGAAAUGCGAGCUCAAGGUUCUCGGUCGUGGCAUUGUGGGACUCAAUAUCUACGCAAAGGCGAAUCAGGUGCCCAUCACGAAAGCAAAGGCAGUCUUGACCAUGUUCCGAAGAUUCAAUGGCUUUCGACCCUUCCUGUACAACAUCUCGUUGGAUGUCUGCGACUUCUUGAAAAACCCAAAGCGCUAUCCGUUCUUCUUCAUGGUGCACGAUGCUUUACGCAACUUCAGCAACUUUAAUCACAGCUGUCCCUACAAUCAUGAUAUCAUUGUCAAUCGAAUGGUGCUUAGUGACGAAAUGUUACGCCGAGUGCCCGUUCCUACUGGAUUCUUUCUCGUGGCCACCGAAGGCAUUUGGCGCGGCGAGGUGGAGGCACAUCUGGAAGUCAAUUUGGGAUACGAUCGCUGA